AGCCUGAAAGACCCCAUGACUCUUUCGUAUGGAGAAGUGUCGACAGUCUUUCUCUUAUAGAUGCUGCCUGGCCUGCUGGGUUCCACCAGCAUUUUGUGUGUUGUUUGAAUUUGCCGCAUCUACAGAUUUCCUCGUGAUGGCUCUUUCAUAAAAUAACUUUAUAAAAUUGCAGACUAGACGCUGGACAAAGUUUGAGAAGAACCGUUUUCCAUAACCUGAUAACGUUCACACAGUGACCGACCGCGGGCAGAAGCUGAGGGUCAGUUUUAUUCGGUUCCGUUACGGGUUGAAAGAAAUUAGAGAACUGAGUUCCCAGAGACUCCAAUAUCAACUACACUUAAAUCAAAUAUGCCUGGUUUCAGUAACAGAGGGUAACCGAUCUGCAAUUAUUUAACUGGAAAUUAAAUUUGAACAAUAGGUUUAUUUUUGGCGGGCUUUUUUCCAGAUUUCAGUACAUUUUGUGGAGGAGACGGUUAUUUUCCGCGCUUCUACUUUUACGGACUGCUGAUUGGUGAUUAAGGCAGUUCUUCGAUUGGGACAUUUGUCUUCACCAAUGAGAAUAAGGACGAUCACACCAAUCACAAACAUCACUUUGCAUUCUCAAAGAGGGUAUAAAAAGGGCAAGUAGGGGCGGGGUGAACAUUCCUUCAUUCUCAUUGGAGUAGGACUGUGACUGUGGAAAUGUCUGGACGUGGAAAAGGCGGCGCUGGCAAAGCUCGGUCCAAGGCCAAAUCUCGUUCGUCUCGGGCUGGACUGCAGUUCCCGGUCGGCCGGGUUCACAGACUCCUAAGAAAGGGCAACUAUGCUGAGCGGGUGGGUGCCGGAGCCCCGGUCUAUCUGGCUGCUGUGCUCGAGUAUCUGACGGCCGAAAUCCUCGAAUUGGCCGGCAACGCGGCCCGGGACAAUAAGAAGACCCGCAUCAUCCCCCGACACCUGCAGCUGGCCGUCCGCAACGACGAGGAGCUGAACAAGCUGCUGGGAGGGGUGACUAUCGCUCAGGGCGGUGUGUUACCCAACAUCCAGGCCGUCCUGUUGCCCAAGAAAACCGGCGCUGCCAGUAAGUGAAGCGACGUAAGCUGAAUCUAUUUCUCCAAAGGCUCUUUUCAGAGCCACUCACAAUGGCUCUGGAAGGGCUGAGCGGCGGGUUCUAUCCGUCCUUUUGAUAUCCUGCAUCUGUCAGUGCCUCGACAUGUUUCUUCCGCGAAAGAAACCGGAAUAAAUCUGCACAGAAACCGGUUCGUUUCAGUCCCGACUCGUUUUCCCCUCUCAGCAGACCGAAUGAGCUCUCUCCCCUUGCAGAGAGUCAGCGGGUUCCCUAGGCGCAGAGUCAUGAAAUGAACUUCCGGAGUCAGCCCCGGUAGGGAGAAUUUAAUCUCCGAUCACUGAACGACUCCGCUCUUCAUCACCUAGGACCGCGUUGUCUGGGUUCCACAUUGCGGGUUGACCCCGGGCCGUUCCGGUGUGCAGAAGGAGGGAACAUUGCCUGUUCGUUGCUUCAUGAGCGAUUCUCAUCGCCUCACAGAAAAAUAACAUUUGCGUUUUACAUUUCAGAAUCAAGUUUAUUAUCACCGGCAUCUGACGUGAAAUUUGUUAACUCAGCCGCAGCAGUUCAAUGUCAUACAUAAUCUAGAAGAUAAUUAUAAAAUUAUUAAUUAAAAUAAAAAAACAAGUAAAUCAGUUACGUAUAUUGACUGUUAUUUAAAAAAAAGUAAAAAAAAAACAAAUACCGUACAUUAAAAAAGUGAGGUAGUGUCCAUAGUUUUAAUGCCCAUUUUGGAAUCAGAUGGCAGAGGGGAAGAAGCUGUUCCUGAAUCACUGAGUGUGCCUGCAGUCUUCUGUAUCUCCUGCCAGUCACUUCUCUCCAAAUUCCUGUCUGUUUAAGACUUCCCUAAAUACCCCUGUGCUCUCUGCCUCUGACACCACCCCUGACAGUGUACACCAGCAAAACUGUAUAAAUUUCUGUCAGAUCUCUCCUGAGCUGACGCCACUCCAGAGGAAAAAGCUCCCGCAUGUCGAGCCUCUCCUCACCUCACUCCUCCUCCAGACAUCCUGCUUAACAACUUCUGCACCUGCACCGAAACCUCCAUAUGCUUCCUAGAAUGAGGUGACCGGAACUGAACACUGUGCUCUCACUGUGGCCUAACCAGCAUUUUAUAAACUGUAACAUGAUGUCCUGGUGAUUGAACUCAAUGCCUUGCCCGGUGAAGGCAAACAUGCCGUACACCGGCUUUACCACCCUGUCAACCUGUGCUCCCAGUUUCAGGGAACCAAUCUGCCCGGACCCAACAUCCUUCUGUAUGUUAAUGUUCCUGCCAUUACCUGUGUACCCACGCUUUAUGUUGGACGUGCACCCCUGGGUAUCCUUUUCACCACAAUGAAUGUACAGAAUGCAGUGGGAUUAUCUUUAAUCCUGCUCAUCAGAGAUUUUUCAUCACUGUUUCUCACUGCAAAUGGUCUUGAGUUCCCUUCUGUGUUUUAAAUAUCAUCCUCAAACCCCCUGUUUGAAUCCAGCUUCCUAAGCCUUGCAUAAGCUUCUCACUCUUCCUCGACUAAAUUUACUUCCUCUCUCAUCAUCCAAGGUUCCUGAACCUUGCCAUCCUGGACCCUCCCCCUUACAGGAACAAACUGGCCCUGAAUCACUGUGCAGCUGUCUUUAAACAAACUCAUGUCCGAUGAGUAUUUGCCUCAAAAUCCAUCCUUACAGUAUUAAGCAUCAAACUUGGCAUCAAUCUCUCCAUUCAGUGACUGGUGUUCUGGUUCACAUCCCCCUGUCAAUCUCAUUUCAACCCUCCCAGGGAACAACAAUGAACCUCAUGAUUCUGA